GCUGUCCAAUAUAUGUCUCAUGCGGUAUCAGUUGUACGUAAUACAACAGAUUCAUUUGUGAUUUAACGAUAGAAAAACCAAAGAUUUGUACCCAUGUCCACUCUUCUCUUGAUAGUCUGCGGUGUGUGGUGGACUGUGACAGUCGAUGCACAGUCAUGCCCGUCCCCCUGUUACUGCAGGCCACCGGGACAAGUUUUCUGCAACGGAACGGGAAUUUCCGAGAUCCCGGAUAAUAUUCCGACCGACACCAAAAUCCUGUACAUCGGCGAUAAUCCAAUCCACGAAAUCAAAAAGGGUUCAUUAUCAAAGCUCGUUAAUCUGAAUGCGCUGGACGCGUCGGGUGCCCGUUUAAAGGAAGGGUCAAUCGAACCAGGUGCCCUUGACCUUCCCAGUCUAACGGAUGUGGAUCUGUCCAUGACGGACUACACUGCGAUUCCGAAAGUCCUUCCGAAAAUCAUGGACACCUUCAGGAUGAUGCAAGGAAACUUGAAAACAAUUCAAUCAGACAGCUUUAAUCUUUAUCCUAAGAUCGUUUAUCUUGACCUCUCAAACAAUGAAAUAUCCAAAAUCCAACCCGGGGCGUUUGACCCUCUUGUUGCAAUGACAACACUCUACAUCGGAUUCAACAAGCUAACCGACGCAAGUUUUCCACCAAAUGCUUUUUCUAAGUGUAGAAGCAUCAACUCCAUUGAUUUCAGGUUCAACCAAAUGCAAAGUGUUCUCAAUGAUAUCCCUACAUGCAUCCAACAUCUCUGCUAUGUGGGCAAUCAGAUAAAAACCCUGCCUUCCUUUGGCUUCAAAGACCUGGUCAAUCUUCAGACCUUGGCUUUCUGGCAGGGACAGGUAGAAACCAUUGAGGACAAUGCGUUCCACGGCCUUGACAAGCUUACCUUACUGGAUUUUAUGCAGGACCACAUCAAAUCUACACUGACAAACAAUACCUUUGUAUGCCUCUCCAGUGUAGACACCCUCUACCUAGAUUUAAACAAUAUCAGCCACAUAGAGCCGGGUGCUCUGUAUCCGCUAAAGAGUAUGGGGUCCCUGUGGCUCCAAAGCAACCAGUUGUCUACCCUAAAGCCCGAGGUGUUAGACACGAGAUACCUGACCAAACUAAACACUCUGUUCAUUGAUUCAAAUCCUUGGAACUGUGACUGCAAUCUGAGGUGGCUGAGAGAGAAAAUGGACAACGCGCCUUACGUUAUUCAGGAUCCGCACCUGAUUGUGUGUAGUGGACCGCCGAAAGUAGCAGGAAAAGCUUGGGAUGAGUUGAAACCAUCAGACUUUGUGUGUAAUGAAGAAUGAAUAUAUCAAGAUUCUCAAUGUAAUUUAUAGGGU